GGCGACGCGGCCCGACUCGUCCGCCAGCGCCGCAGUCAACGCCGCGGCGCGCUCCGAGGCGAUAACUCCGCGCCACCCGCGCCCCCCGCCUUUACACCCGCGCCCUCACGUCAAAAUAAACUAAUUGAUUUACAGAAACAACUUUAUACAGUGCUACUCUCAACUUUCACCAACUCCCUGACUCUUGGAGAUAUGAUUCCGUAGUCUCUAAUUCAACGGAUAUCGAUACCUUACGGUCGUUAUGGGCCCUAUCGUGAGCGGAGCCAGACCCGUUUUAUGGCUAUCUCUUCUGCAUGGAUUCUUUUUCCUCGUCGCUGACUCUGGUACGGAGUCUCCCGAAGGCACAACAACAGACAUGUCUUCGCGACAGUUUCGUGCUGAGUUCCUACACGAGUGGCAAGGGUCUCCGGAUGCGCCAUACUUCGAUCCGGGUACGCCGAAGAAUAUUACUGGACUGGUCGGUCAUCCCGUGAGGCUACUCUGCAGGGUUAAGAACUUGAAGAAUAGGACCGUAUCAUGGGUGAGGCAUCGAGAUAUCCAUUUGCUGACUGUGGGACGAUAUACUUACACGUCGGAUCAACGGUUCGAGGCACAACACAAGCCGCGCUCCGAGGAGUGGGCACUUCGAAUCCGCAGUCCACAGCGACGCGACUCCGGCCAGUACGAGUGUCAGAUCUCGACCACACCACCCAUCGGACACGCUGUCUUCCUCAAUAUUGUAGAACCUGAGACAAUAAUAUCGAGCGGUCCCGAGCUGUUUAUCCAAGCCGGCUCCACGAUUAACCUGACAUGCACUGUUCGUCACACGCCGGAACCGCCAACUUCCAUAACUUGGACUCACGGAGACCAGAUAAUAAACUUUGAUUCUGCUCGCGGUGGAAUAUCGCUGGUAACUGAAAAGGGACUUAAAAGUACUAGUCGAUUGCUGGUCCAAAGGGCUAGAGGUCAAGAUGCCGGAGUGUACACUUGUGGACCAAACAACGCCCCUUCCUCGUCAACAAGAGUUCACGUUCUGUCCGGCGAACAUCCUGCGGCAAUGCAACAAGGCUCAGCAAGAUCGACCCUAGACAAAACAGCUUCAAUACUAUGCUGCUUAUCAAUGUUAUACGUCCUUUCGAAGCCAACGUUCAACGCUCUCGAGUUCGGGACUUGAGAACAAAGGAACUCAAAGCGAAACAAUAGCGAAAUUGAGGCCAUAAGUUGUUUUUUAUUGUAAUUUAAUCAAAGAAUCAAGCGGUGCUUGAGAAAUAGGCAAUGUUUCUCCGCUGCCGGACUCAACUUUUAAGAAACGAACGAUCGAAGAAUACAUAACUUACGAAUUGAGCCCUUUAAUAUCACAUUAAGGUUUUUUUUUGUGUAAAAUAUUACGUGACCAAAUUAAAACGACAAAUCAUGUUGGCGUUUUUUCAUUACGUCGUGAAAUAGGAACUACGUUCUUUUUUUCGUGCGAUAAAAUGGUUUCAUAAAAAGGAAGCCUGUCCUUUAUUAGACGAACACUCUUAUGAAAUUCAAUUAAAAUCCAAAAAAAUGUUUUUUUUUUCCAGAUUUUUUUUAAAUAUCAACUUUAAGGAUAAAAUUAAUUGUAGAAUAAAUAAUUUGACUAUUGUAUUUUUUAUUUCAUUCCAUUCAGAAAAGCUACAUUCCAUUGAUUUUGUGAUUUUGUUUACAUAAAUAAUAUAUAUUCGUUUUUGUUAUUAAAAGAGUUGCACUUUUAGACUAAUAUUUUUAUGCUUUAAUUGUUUACAGUUUUAAUUGCUCAUAAGUAUUCGAUUUAACAAUGCAACGAAUUUAAAAGUUUCGAAAACAACAAUGAACCGUACAUUUUAUAUUCUAUGUAAAUAAUAAUAUUAAUCAAAAGUAAUUUCGAUGCCUCCAAUGAACACUACGCUAACUCCAAAUUCGUAGGUUUACAGGAGGAGCGUUUAAACGAAAAAAGUUGAUAAAAUCUUUAUUAUUGCAAAUAUAUUUAUCGACGCUUGAAAGGCAAAAGUGACUAAGCGACAAUAACUGAUUUAAACAUAGAUGAUAGGCAAUAACCAUAUUCGAUGCGCAAAAUAAAUAAAUUUCUAGGUCUAUUAAAAUUAUUUCGAUCCUACAGCUACUAGCUAGAUUCUACUACAGCUGGAUUCGUUAAAAUAAAUUUUGAUUUCAGGUAUUUCAACUUUAAAUUAGUCUACUGUAAAGUUCACGCAUUGUCGCUUAGUCACGUUUGCCUUUCAAGCGUCGUUAUGAUUUUUUUUUGUGUAACUAGCUGAUGUACUCUUGCAUCGAACCCCAUCAAUAAUGAUUUGUAAUACUUUUAAAAUAGUGAAGCGAUUUGCGUGAAAAACGAAAAUUUCAAAAUUUUGAGUUAGAGUAGUGUUCAUUGGAGGCAUCGAUUUGUAAAUAUAAAUAUGUUAAGUGAGUGUAAAUAUGAAAAAAAUAUGAUUUGAACAAUAUAUUAUUAAAAUAUUAAUUAGGUAUUUUAUACCUUAUCAUUAUUGGAGGUAAAACGUCUAAUCUAACUUUUAUUGUAGUCGAUUUGAAUUAUAUCGAUGCAGCCCUAAAUAAAAUAAGUUUUUUUUGGUUAUAUUAUUGUAAUUUAUAUAGAGUAAUAAAAAAGUGUAAUAAAAAUGAAACCCGCAAAAUUAUAAUUUGCGUAAUUACUGGUGGUAGGACCUCUUGUGGGUCCAUGCGGGUGGAUACCACUACUCUGCCUAUUUCUGCCGUGGAGCAGUAAUGCGUUUCGGUUUGAAGGGUGGGGCAGCCGUUGUAAUUACACUUGAGACCUUGGAACUUGUAUCUCGGGGUGAGUGGCGCAUUUACGUUGUGGAUGUCUAUGGGCUCCAGUAACCACUUAACACCAGGUAGGCUGUGAGCUCGUCCACUCAUCUAAGCAAUAAAAAAAAGGCUGAGACAAAUUUUGAACCGAAAGAGUAAGAGAUAUCAAAACUACACCCGAAUCGGUAUGAAAUGGGAUUAGCAAAAGUAGAGUCGACUUAUGUUCGCGAUGUGGAGAUUUACAGAUUAUAGUCACUAAACUAUUCACGCAUACUCAAAUUAAUUCAGCACAUGAAACAACAGUAUAAUAUAAUAUAAAAUAAUUCUGUACUGUUCACAUAUUAGAAGAAUUUUUCGUAAAUUAUAUUGUUUGGACAUUUUAAACGUCACUGAAACUAUUUUUAAAAUUACAAGCUUCUUUCAUAUAUCUUAAUUUCGAAUUACUUACAGUAUCGAAAUUUUGAUGUCUGUUUUUUGUAAAUUUAACAAUAUUAACAUUACUAUUAAAAGCGCAAAAAAAAAGAAAUUGAUCAGGAAACGCGAGAUCAAGCCGAAAUACUUUUUCUGAUUUUUCUGAUGUUUUCUUAUUAUUAUUUAAGUACCAUUUCUCUAACCCAUUAUGAACCAUAUAAUAAGUCAUUAACGCAUUUGCUUAAUAAUCUCAAAUAAUUAUAGUUAAGAAUUUGUCUCUAUAAAUCCCGAUCAGAAUUCGUUAAACAUUGCUAAGCGAUUUGAAACCACAUUUCUAUUUUUGCUUCGUAGUCCCAACCAAUUUUGUUGAUACUAUUAUAUUAUUAUAUAAUCAAGGGUAAUUCUGUCGAUGUAUUCCCAAUUCCCAAUUACUUAGAUAUUUUAUAUCGCACAUGCACAUGAAUAUAAUUUGUAAAUGCGAAAAUAGUUUCAGUUUUAUCUUUGCACGAGCAAGUCAGUGUAGUGAUGUUAUGCUCAGAUGUAGCUAGACUUGAGAAACAUCGUUGAAUAGAAAAUUCUCUAUUGAAUCUGAUACAAUUAUUAAAAAUCGUUUUCCAAUUAUAUAAAAUGAAUUCAACAAUAAGCAAUUAAUAAUUUAAGACCAGCGGAAAUUGUCUAGGAACUAGCACUUGUGGAAUUUUAUUACUCAUAAUCAAUAUACUCUCGCUAUUUUAAAUUACUCGUAAUUAAUUAAAUAUGCGAAUUAUAAUAAGAUUAUAAAUUGUUCGUCAUGUAAAUGUGUGUGUAUUUAAUGAAAAUUGUUAUUUUUGUUAAAGAUAAUAAAAGUGUUUUUAUAAAUGUA